AUGACAGCUUUCAUGAAAUUCAUGAAUCAAGGUGAAUUUAUGGAAUUGAAUGAUACUCAAUAUCGUCUUUCAACCACUGAGAAAGCAGUCAAGGAUGUAUGCGAUAUAUCUGUGGCUCUAGACCCAUCCAAAGAUGUUCCAAAUAUAGAAGGAUGGCCAAUUUCGAAUAUUGCUGUGUUACUGACUGGUUCAAAAGGAAACUGUUUGCUCCAUUUGGUAGCUUCAGUACCGAGGAUGUCUUACGUCGAGGUUGACACAAGACAUAGGGGCACUAGGCAGCUUUUUCUUGACCGGUCACUUUUUCGAAGUAAUAACUAUCUGUGCACGCAUCGUGCAUUUGCCUGGGCACUAGAAUCUGUCCCUGUGCGUUGCCGUUUUCUGCCCUGCUCGCUGUCUUCCUUGUGCAAUCCAUUCGCUGCAGUUUCUUUGUGA